AGGUUAAGGCAGCCGACAAUCCUGACGCUACAAUGAAUCCACACGAAGAGCCAGGUCCAAGACCCAUCUCUGUUUCAUCAAACGCGGCUCAGCUGUCUUCAGCGGCAAAGAAACCGUCGACGAUGAUAACAGAAGACCAUAAGCUUCGCAAGCCUUCCAUCAGCAAUGAUAAUCAAGAUGAUAAAGGAAAGAAAGUGGGACACAAUUCUUCCGAUACUGACUCCUUUGAAGACGCGACGGACGACACGCCUUCAACUCACUUUGACAUCUUUGAUGUACUCUCCGAAGCGAGUAGCCAGUCUAAUGAUACAGUCGACGCAUCUAACCAAACAACUGCAAUGUACAAUGAAGAGACGGAGACAAACCCUGACGAAGAAGCAACCCCAGACGAGGAAACUGUUGAAGCUGAGAACUUGUCUCCACAUCAAGACCAGAGUGCCAACAGCAGUACAAAGACAGCCAAAAAGAACAACUCAUCUAAUAAGCAUAUGCGGUUAAAGGACCUUGCAAACAAAAUAUGCUCCGCUAAAGCUGAUAUUGGAAUCCUAAUUGACGGAUCAUCUUCAGUGACACAGAAUAAGUUUGCUAAGUUGUUGGACUUCACAAAGAGUUUGGUAAAAUCGUUCUCAGUCUCUCAGGAUCGUACUCACAUAGCUGUGGCAACGGCGUCCAGAGGGCCGCAAAUGAGCUUUGAUUUCAGGGGCUUUAACGACGUGCCAAGCAUAAACACGGCCAUAUCACGUAUAUCAUACCUUGGUGGACCAUUCUUAUUGGGAUCAAGUUUAACCGGAGUGAAAACAAGCUGGUUCAAGAACAGUGGUCGCAAAAGUAUCCCUCAGCUACUCCUUGUCCUUGCUACCACUUCAUCUAUUGACGACAUUGUAGAUCCGUCGCGCGUUAUGCGAGACCGCGGUGUCCGCAUUGAAAGUGUGGGGAUUGGGCCAGGUUUUGAUGGUACGCAGUUGAAAGAAAUGGCAACACAUCCUGCAAGAGACCACGUAAUGGCUGUGUCUAAAUUUGACCUACUGCCUAUGAUCAGACCGCUGCUGACUUUUAGGAUGUGUAGAGCUGUUGGAGGAAAACUUGUUUCGCGACCAGUUUCUGACACAGUUUACGAAAAACAUCCAACACAAAAUCCCGCCGCCGCGGACAACAAAGAACCCAUUAUCAGCACGAACAAAGAUCAACAGUUACCAAGAAUUAAACAAACAAAACAGAAUAAACAGGUUAUUCAUGAAAAGCAGUUAAAUCCAGACAAGCAAGAACAGAAGAAUAAAUUAGCGGCCACUCUUAAACAACUCGAUCAAUACGAACACAUACGAAAACAAGGCACUUCAGAAGGGAGAAGUCAACAACAUGAGGAUGAGAGUGAAAAAGAAAAGAUCCGGAAGGAUAUAAGGAUCAAACUCUACUCUUUGCUGCGUCGACUAGGAGGAACCAAGAAAGACAUAAGGGCUGCUUACAGAUCCAUUAUCUAUAACAUAAAUGGACAUCACGAUAGUGAAAACUGCAAAGACAAGCAUAACUUAUGUAAUCAAUGGGCUGCUGACAACCUUUGCGACAAAGGAAAUGAUACCAUUGAUUCUCAGUCCGUGCAAAGAGUUUGUCCCAAAUCGUGUGAAGUCUGCUUCUGAUGACCACUGAAACGGGUUUGUUUGAGGUUUUAUGUUGCUUUACACAGCCUAGUUCCAAAUAAAAAAUAGGAGAUCAGGAUUUAAUGCAGUCCGACGUCCGAAGAGAUCAGUUUACGCUUUGAAAUAGGACAAUUCAAACCUUGGCCAGUAAUAUCUAAAUAAUGAACUUGUCUUGCAAACUAGAGUGACUUGAAAUCCGUGUGCUAUUGUGUGAGGAUUUAACCUUUGAAGCAAUUAGGCGUAACUUAAUGUCUACAAUGCAAAGGUGGUGCUAAGUAUCAAUUCCUGCAGUUUUUAUCUGUUUAUUACAGCUGGAGAGAGCCGGGCUGUGUCAGUAUAUAACAAUUAUAUAACGUGCGUGUUCCUAAACGUUCUUCCGUGUCAGAGGAAUAAAUUUACGCUGAAACUGGAUCUAAUGCGGCCUCCAAAGAUCGAUAUUUUCGACUCUUUGAUUUUUAUGUCUUUGGAGCGAUUGUCUGACCAUUGGCAAGGAAGAUUCCCCUUCCUCCAAGAAGAACAGGUGAAUGUUCGAAUUUUCUAUUCUGGAGAUGAAUACGGAAUUGAGGCAAAUCGUACUCUUGAUGCGCAAAUGAGGAAUGCGCAACCAUUCAUCAAUAUCUGUACCCCGCUAGUAUUACAAAAAGGAACAAUAAAGAUACAAUGAAAGAAAAAUAUGCGUUGUACGAGGACUACCUUUUGGCCUGGCCUUAAACAAUGAAGAUUAACAUUUGUUCAUAAAGGCGUAUUCCUAGAUCUGCAAAACGGUUGGCAUGCAUCGUGUAAGGCAGGCUGGUGUUUUACGUUAAGACUGGUCAUGGUUUUCUUUAUCCAGACAUAGACAUAGACACAACAAUUUUUUCUUGGAAAAUUAUGUCCAAGGGGGUAAGGUGCAAAGACUUUAACCUUAUGUGAAGCACCAACCCGUGAGACAAAGCCAAAUAACAACACCGGGAACUACGUGCUCUACUCUUUACGAUAAGUGUGUGGAUUCGUUUACGUCCCCGCUAACCAUGUAAUACUGAAGAUGCAGGGGACGGGGCCUACGAUUUAUAGUCCUUAUCCGAGAAGACUUGAACGUCUAACCAUUUGCAGAUGUAAUUACAAAGGAAGCACAUUCUCCUCAGUUAUCUUCAGACCUUGAGUGUUGGUCCGGCCUGGGACUCAAACCUUCGACCAUCCGCAGAGCAGUCUGGCGCUCUACCAACUGAGCUAACCAGACGGCGGCUAAAAAGAUCCACCAGAAACAUCACCUGAUUAUCCUAGAAUGAUGAGCACUUAUUCAUGCCUUGUUUCCCGCUGUUUCUUUCACAAAAAGUUAUUUUAAGAAUGCUUUCGGUAUGCACGGAACACAUUUUGCAAUUGGACUACACUGGAUGAAAAUGUAUUGAUUAUCGACAAGUUCAAGUGCCCUUUGCACCCUUUGCGCCAGCCGGCGCUAUGGGGAUGAGUGAGAGUGAGUGAUUUUUUUUUUUGUCAUAAAUACCUUUCGAAAAUUAACGAUUAAGAACAAAAGAGGCGCAAAUUUCCCCCGCCAA